CUUUAAGAGCACAGCGGCUGCAUGCAGACAGCAGCAGAGCAGAGAGGCUGAGCUGGAGCUGAGAGCACACCCAGAGGAGGAGAGCUGCAGGAGGAGGAGAGCUGAAGCGGACCAUCAGCUGCCAGAUGAGCCAUCCCUGACAGCUGCAGACCCGGCUCUAUGCUGGGCACCCGCAGCUCCUGGCGCAUGAAUCUGUGCCGCACGGCUCCACUCACAACUUCUUCUCAAUAGACUAUUUUUUAUACAUUUUCCUACAUUUUUGUUUAUUGCUUUUUUAUAAGCAUUUCCAAUAUGGUGCUGGGCAAAGUUAAGGCCCUGGCGGUCUGCUUUGACUGCCUGAACGAUAACAACCUGCCCGUGUUCUCAGGGGGAGACCUGGUCUCCGGGAGGGUGGUGGUGGAGGUCACUGGGGAUGUGCGGGUGAGGAAGCUGGAGAUCACCGCUCGGGGGAUCGCCAAAGUCCGGUGGACGGAGUCGAGAAACGCCGGAGCCAACACGGCUUACACCCAGAACUACACGGAGGAGGUGGAAUACCUGCAUCACUGCGACACCUUGAUCGGAGAGGAGAGAGAUGAAGACGCUCUGGAGGAGGGCAUGACUGUUCUGCAUGCCGGCCUGCAUGAGUUCGCUUUCAGCUUCAACCUGCCUCAGAUGGCUCUGGCCACUUCGUUUGAAGGGAAGCAUGGCAGUGUGAGGUACUGGGUGAAAGCUGAGCUGCACCGGCCUUGGCUGCUGCCGGUGAAAAUCAAGAAGGAGUUCAUUGUGUUCGAACACAUUGACAUCAACACGCCCCUUCUGCUGGCCCCUCAGGCUGGAACAAAGGAGAAGACUCUGUGCUGCUGGUUCUGUGCGUCGGGUCCAAUUUCCCUCAGUGCCAAAAUAGAGCGAAAGGGCUACACACCAGGCGAGUCCAUCCAGAUCUUUGCCGAGGUGGAAAACUGCUCGUCCCGCGUCGUGGUGCCCAAAGCAGCGCUGUACCAGACACAGACCUUCUUUGCCAAGGGAAAGGGCAGGCAGAUACAGCAGUUGGUGUCUAACCUGCGAGGAGAACCUCUCCAGCAAGGGAAGAGCCAAAGCUGGGAGGGCAAGAUGCUUAAGAUCCCCCCGGUGUCCCCCUCCAUACUGGACUGUCCCAUUAUCAGAGUGGAGUACGCCCUCAUGGUGUACGUGGACAUUCCCGGUGGGUUAAACUUGUCGCUGUCGUUGCCGCUGGUCAUCGGCACCAUACCACUUCAUGCGUGUGCCACCCGCACCUCCAGCAUUAGCAGCAAUUGCAGCUCCGUGAGCUGGAUGGGCCUGUCGGAGAGACCUGAGGCUCCGCCAAGCUACAGCGAUCUGGCAAUAUCAGAGGCUCACAGGCGGAACUGUCUGCAGGGCUGUGAUAGGUCUGAUGGGGAGGGAGAGGACCAAGGAUCUGUGCUGACUUACAUCACAGAGUUCAGAUAUCUCCCCCCGCCACUCUACUCUGAGGUGGACCCUUAUCCUGACACGGUGGAAGUCUGUGGUUCUGCAGAUUUCAGGAGACCUGAUAUGUGUCCGUCCCGCUGAAAGGAUCCUACCCAAAUGCUGUUUGCAUGAACGAGACAGGAUCAUCCUCAGCUAGAACUCCACGUGACUUCUCAACAGUACGUGUCACUAUAGAUGUGGCUGGACCCUUGCUGACCUGAGGACAGCCAACUGAUGGAGUACAUGGUGACCCAUAGACAAGAUGGACCAGGGUUACAACCCUGAAAAAAAACAACAUUUCCUGUCCUCUGAAGGCGCCGUGAAAAACUGUCCUCCCACUGCUCAGAAGACGUCUCUACCUUCUUCAUGGAGAAGUUUGCAUAUGCCAUUCCAACUGUUUCCCUCUCAACGCUACAGGUCGACAUGCUUCAGUAGAUGUAAAGCCUGUAGGACUCUAAUGGCACAUCACGAAGACAGCUAUCUCCAGUGAAACGACGGCUGAGCUUAUGACUCAGGCCUGAAGGUGGACAUUGUCUCUUUUUAGGAGACAAGGUGAAAAUCACUGAGAUUCUCUGACUGAAACCAGAAACAGACGAUGACCAAAUGUGUCACUUCAACAACCUACUCAAGGGCUUUGACCUCAAGUUGAGUGUGAAUGUGUGCAUAUAUGUGUGUGUGGGUGUGUGUGUGGGUCGACCUAAACGUUAAGACAAAGCACAACUCGGACCAUCCAAGACACAGGUUGCCUGUUGGAUUCCGCUCUGAGAUGAAGAUUGUGUAGCUGCAGAUUCUUCAGACAGAUGUUAGAAAGCUUUGACUUUGCAAAGAAGAGCAAAAAAUAAAAGAUAAAUGUUUACAGAUAAUUAUAUCAGAUUAAGAAUGUUCAAACACAAUUUCUUCCACCUAAAAUUUCAGAUUACCAAGUGCAAUAUAUUUUUUAUAUUUGAGUUUUUUGCACUAGUUUUUCAUCUACUCUGUUGCUGUCUGUUCCAUUUCUGUACAUUAUAUAUUAUUGUCAUGAUCUUGUUGCUUCACGAUCAAUGUUGGAUUAAAUAAAAGGUUUAUUUUUAAAACAA